CACAAUAUCUGGCUGCCUCCCCCUUCCACCAUAAACUUUAGGUAGUAUUGACCUUCUACCACGAGAAUACGCCCGAUCCAUGAACGACAAAGAAUCCCUAUCCUAAAACCUCCCUUCCCCUUAGAACAAACCCCCUACUUCACCUUCCACCCUAGAGCAUCCCAACGCCGCAAUCAUGGCCAUCUGCAUCACCUUCGGGACACACGAAUUCACCUCCAUGCUAGAAGGCUACGAGAAUGUCCGCGCCUUCUGCUAUAACUGUCAACAUUGGAAUGGUCAUUGCUUGACGAGAUGGCCAUGGUUCACCGUCUGCUUUAUUCCUGUUAUUCCCCUGGCGACACAUAAGUACAAGGAAGUAACCUGCUAUACGUGUCGCUUUACGCAGGAUUUACGCGAUCGCCCCGACAUCACGCCCGACACGAGGCCUCCUCCCGGGGUUAUACCGGGUCAAUUACCCCAAGCCUAUUACGGGGGUGGAGCACCGUUCUAUCCUCCUCAGGGUUCGGACCCGCCUCCACAGGCUUCGGGUGCUGUGGCGCCGGCACAGCAGCAACAACCGCAGCAGGAGCAGCAGAAUCAUGUGUAUAAGUAGUUGAUGGAUGGGGUCGGGUCUUCUUUUCCCUUCUUUGGUGGAGUCGUGUUGUGUGCUGCUUAUGCGUGCUGGUUCCGCGGGCUGUAUGUAUUAACCAAGUACCUUUUGCUUCUUUUUUUUUCGGUGCUAUGGGCUUCGUGUAUGUGUUAAAUUGAUGCUUUUUUCUUUAUUUGCUCAUAUCCAGUGCAUAAUCUUAUUAUGGGU